AAGUCGAGUUGAGUUCCUGACCUCAGGAGCAGGGCUGGGAGCUGCGAAACCUCAGUGGGGAACACAGGAGGUGCUUUCCUCCACACCGCAUGGGUGGCACCCACUGAUCCGCAGCACCGCCUCCUUCCCGGGACCUGGCAGUGGGAGGGAGGGGCUGGAGGAGGGACUGAGACCUCGCCCUUGUGCCCAAGUCACUCCCGACAGCACCCAAGCAGAUCCAGCGGUCCCACAUGCAGGAAGUCCUCCAGCGGACCCAAAGAUUAUCCCUGCAUUGGAGAUGAAGAAACUGAGGCCCAGAGCAACUGAGGAAUUGUCCCAAGACACAUACUGAAGCCCAGCACACCCUGAUGCACAACAGUUUGUGGGUGCUCCUGCUGGCAUGCUCAAACCCGAAGCCAAGAGGGGAAUCAAUGACAAGUGACCACAGCGUUCUCUGGAGCCCAGGGCUUGUUAGAUAAUUGAAUCCUCAGGCCGCACACUAGCCCAGCAUCAUGGAGAGAAACAGUUCCUUCUUCAACUCUAUCUGGGAAACCAUCCGGACCAGACAUGAAAGGGGCAUCUUCAACACCGUCUGCCUGGCUGUCCUCCUGGGGCUGCCCCUAGUGGUGGUUCUUACACUCCUCUUCAUCUGCUGCCAUUGCUGCUGCAGCAGGCCACCCAAGAGUGGUCAACAGCCAGACCAAAACAAGAAGAAGAAGAAAAAGAAGAAGAAGAAAAAGGAUGAAGACCUCUGGAUCUCUGCUCAACCCAAGCUCCUCCAGAUGGAGAAGAGGCCAUCACUGCCUCUCUAGUGAGCAAGGAAGCAGAGUGUCCUCCCCUUUGAGUCCAGCCACAGAGACUUGGGAGGAGCCUUCACAGUGAUGCACUCAUGCCUAAAGAUUACUUACCCAAGGAACAAAUGUCAGACUGAGCAUCCCAAUGGAUGGGAGCAUAUGGACAAUUCUUACACUGUCUUGGCAGCUAUGUGUCCAAUAACAGUGCUCUGUGUUGUAGUCCCAAGCAUGUAUUACACUGUCUCUGGUAUACUCUAUCACAAAAGCACAGAAAACAUGUAUACAUGCACUUUAGAAAGAGUCUGAGGAUAUACACAUGGCCACUGUAUGUAUGUAUAUUUAGACAAUAGGUACAUGGGACAGCAUAUUCUGUUUAUCAUGUGGCCAUUUAAUAUGUACUUUGCUCAAAUAUGCACACUUACAAAAAUGUCUUAUGGGAAGACGUGUCCAGACUUAGUCACAUAUGCACAAUUAAAUAGCCAUGCAAGGCCCUAUGCACUGUCUGUAUUCCAUUCAGGUUGGAGAGGGGUGCUUUCCUAUCCUUACACCUACAUAGUAUUUUACUGGAAAUACAUGGGGAACCUGGUACAGUCCCCCAUCCCAGUGUAUAUUGAUACAGACAUAGAUAGUGGUUCCUGUAUGCUUCUGACCUUUUACCUGUGCCUAAAAGUUUAAAGUAUGAUUCCAAAUCCAUUCAAAGCUCUUGGUUUGCAACUCUCAACAAGGUCCUCAUUACCACUGGCAGGCAUUUAAUGUGGUUCAAGACCUCUCGGGGACAUUAUCCCAUAACUACUCAGCAAGGUGCCCUUUUCUAAGCAGUGAUGAACAGCUCUUGGCAGUGACUACUAGAAAUCUAUGGAAACCCAUGUAUUCUCUUCAAUGGGCUGCAGUUAUGUGCCCGUGCAAUGUAUAUACAUAUAGAACAGGUAAGGAGAUGCCCCAUAUAAGCUAAUUAUGUUCUGUGUGGAUAAAGGCUUUCAGAAAGGAAAAAGACAUAAGGUCAUCACAAGUCCAGUCUCAAAAGCAGAACACACACUGGAAGCAAUCCCCUGCACUUGUAGCAGUAUAUGGUGUGUUGCAGGUGCAAUAUAGAAACCAUAAUUUGAAUGAAAGAUUAAACUGUAAAGUCAUU